UCAAUUAACCCUGCCAGCCGUUUAAGUAUCUGGAAUGAUGAUAAUAAUCCAACUCUGCCAACCACACCCAUCAAUUAACCCCUUUAAUUCAUAGAUGACCUCUUUCCUACUCAAUUCAAUUGAGCUUUAUGAUAUAUAAAUAUACGGUUGGUGUACAUCAUUGCCAAGUUUACAAACAACUAUGAAGCCCCAAAAGUCAACUGCCAUGAACUCUUCCUCUCUUAUGAUUUCAUUGCAAUGGCUGCUUUCUUUAAUGUUUCUUAUCAUCUUCCCCACUUGUGCCACUGCAACUCCCUCUAAACUGCCUAGGCUGAGCACAAUUCUGCGGGAGUCGGAAAUAUUUUCCGAGUUGAUUUCCGAUGACUUCCAAACAUUUUUCUACAACCAGACACUAGAUCACUUCAACUACAGGCCUGAAAGCUACUACACAUUUCAGCAGAGAUAUGUGAUGAAUUUUAAGUACUGGGGUGGUGCAAAUGCUAGCGCUCCCAUAUUUGCUUAUCUUGGUGCAGAAGCAGCUCUGGAUUUUGACUUAACUGGUGUAGGAUUUCCUGUAGACAACGCCCUUCAGUUUAAGGCUCUCCUGGUUUAUAUUGAGCAUAGGUACUAUGGGCAAUCAAUUCCAUUUGGAUCAAGAGAAGAGGCCCUCAAAAAUGCAAGCACUCGAGGGUAUUUCAACUCGGCCCAAGCUAUAGCAGAUUACGCAGAGGUACUUGAAUAUAUAAAGAAGAAAUUGCUUGCUGAGAAUUCCCCAGUCAUCGUCAUAGGAGGUUCAUAUGGGGGCAUGCUUGCUUCAUGGUUCCGGCUGAAAUAUCCCCAUGUUGCCCUGGGAGCUCUGGCCUCCUCUGCUCCCAUACUUUACUUCGAUGACAUUACACCCCAAAAUGGAUACUAUUCCAUUGUCACCAAGGAUUUCAGAGAAGCCAGUGAGAGUUGCUACAGCACCAUACGAGAAUCAUGGUCUGAAAUUGAUAGAGUAGCUUCUGAGCCCAAUGGUCUGUCAAUCCUUAGCAAGAAAUUCAGUACUUGCGCUGAGUUGAACAAAUCCAAUGAGCUGAAGGACUACUUGGAGACAAUGUAUGCUGUUGCAGCUCAAUAUAAUCAUCCACCGAGGUACCCUGUUACUGUGGUGUGUGGAGGGGUUGAUGGAGCACCAGAAGGAAGUGAUAUUCUUAGUCGGAUAUUUGCAGGUGUGGUUGCCUAUAGAGGAAAUAGGUCUUGUUACAACACAAGUGUUAAUCCAACUGAAACAAGUGAGGGAUGGAGAUGGCAGACAUGCAGUGAGAUGGUAAUGCCAAUAGGCCGUGGCGACAAUGACACCAUGUUCCAACCCUCGCCUUUCAAUCUAACCACCUUCAUCCAGGCCUGUACAAGCUUAUACGACGUCCCCCCUCGGCCUCAUUGGAUCACAACUUACUAUGGAGGCCAUGAUAUAAAACUGAUUCUCCAUAGAUUUGCCAGCAACAUCAUCUUCUCCAAUGGCCUAAGAGAUCCUUAUAGCAGCGCCGGGGUAUUGAAGAACAUAUCCCAUACUGUUCUGGCCAUUCAUACUGUCAAUGGGUCUCAUUGCUUAGAUAUACUUCCUGCAAAGUCUACUGAUCCGGAGUGGCUGAUUAUGCAAAGAAAGACCGAGGUUGAGAUCAUUGAAAGUUGGAUUGCUCAAUACCAUGCUGAUCUAGAUGCCUAGAUGCCACAAGGAAAAGGACCCUGUUCGAAUAUUAACUAGAGGAAAUGAUUGUAUUAUGUUUCUUAUGUCUGAAUUUAAAAAUAAAAUAAAAUAAAUUUUAAUGGUUUAAA